UCGCUUGGAUGCCGUGCCGGUUCGUCGCCUCCGCGCUCUGAAUGCAUUUGGGGCAAAGGCUCCUGCCGCCGAUCCCGUAUUUCUCUUUCUGGGGCUGGAGGGCUGGCCUUUCCCAUGCGGUUCUCGUCGAUCAUGUCCCAAAAUUAUCUUCUAGCGCCCAUCCAAGAAUGCCCGUCCGAGUUCCUCGUCAAGGAGGUGAAAUUGGCGGUGCUUGGAACAGGGGGCGUGGGGAAGAGCGCCAUGAUUGUCCGGUUCCUCACCAAAAGGUUUAUUGGAGACUAUGAACCCAACACUGGGAACCUAUAUUCAAGACUUGUUCAUAUAGAAGGUGACCAAAUGUUUCUGCAGAUCCAAGACACACCAGGAUGCUCGGAGGUACAAAAUAAUCUUAAAAUAUUGCUGGAUUCGAUUUCUGGUUGUCUCAAGUGGGCAGAUGGUUUUCUCUUAGUCUACUCAAUUACCGACCAUCAUAGCUACCAGUUCAUUCGGCCACUUUUUCUACACCUCCAGAAGAUUCGCCCCGACUCAAAAAUCCCAGUCAUCAUUGUAGGGAACAAAGGGGAUUUGAUGCAUUCCCGACAGGUUGCAGCAAAUGAUGGCUUACAGUUGGCCAAUGAACUGGGUGUUGUGUUUCUGGAAGUCUCGACGAGUGAUAAUUAUCAAGGUGUAUGCGAUGUCUUUCAAUACCUUUGUAAAGAAGUUAGUAAACAGCACAGUUAUGGCAGCCGAGACAAAAGAAGGUCAUCCAUCAUCCCACGUCCCAAAUCUCCAAAUGUGCAAGACCUCAAGAGACGUUUUAAACAGGCUCUUUCAUCCAAAGUGAAAUAGACUUGAAAUGACCUUUGCUCAAAACUGUUUUAUUAAUUACACCUUUAUAAGAAGAUUUUUAUUUUUGUACUGAUGCUAUUGUUAUCUAUCUAGAUAAAAAUAUAAAACGUCCUUGGAAUUACUUUCAUAUGAAAUUUUCUUCCUCCCCUACCUAUUGGAACAAAAUA